AUGACCGGCGUUCUGUUCGUGUUGAUAUUCAGGCCGAGGUUGGUGCAAAGCUUCUCUCCAGAAGCCGACAGUUUCUUCAUUAUCUCAGAGCCAAGCGAAACCGUCCACCCGCAUGUCCAGUCUGCACAUUCAGCCCGUUCAACCACAGUCGCCACCUGCUGGUAUCACAACAUCUUUGGUGUUAAAGUCCGUCCAUACAUCUACCCCUGCUCCUUCACCUCCAAGCAGAGCAAACGGGUAAAACGGGUCAUCCCGAAGUUCAAUGCAACCAAUCUUCCCGACAGCUCUAACUCUGAUCGCACAAUUUACUUCCACGACACUUGGAGUGGCAGACGUUUCGUGUUUGACACUGGUACCCGGCUAAGUGUCAUUCCACCCACACAAGCUGAUCGUCACUUCCCCAAUCCCAGUCUUUUUCUGCAGGCCGUCAACACAUCACCAAUUAACACCUUUGGCACCUGCUCCCUCUCUUUGGACAUCGGUCGUGGGUGUCGUUUCUCCCCGGUCUUCGUCGUUGCUGACAGCCCUUGGGCCAUUUUCGGUGCAGAUUACAUCACCGCUUUCGAUCUUCUGGUUGACGGCUGUCAGUUCCGUUUACACGACAAGACCACUUACCUCACCGUCCGGGGUAUCUCUUCCUCCGACGCUUCCCGUCAACUCGCCGUCUCGGACCCUGAACCUGAGAAUCCAUUGCGGCAACUCCUCGCCAAAUACCCUGGCCUCAUUCGUCCCAAAUUCAGCGCUUCUAUUCCGCCACACGACGUUGUUUAA